AUGGCUCUUAGGGAAGUUAGUCGAAAUGUGCGGCUGCUGUUAGGUCAAAUUCAGCGGGGUCGUCCUGUGGGCUCCGUCAGCCUGACAGCUCGGUGUAUGAGCAAAGCUGCCGCUCAGCCGGAACCAAAAGCCGAUGAGCACGAAGCCGUGAACCCGACCUUUGUGAACAGGAACCCCCGGAACCUGGAGCAGAUGGCUCUGGCCGUAAAGGACCGCGGAUGGAAGACGAGCUGGCCCCAUCAGAAGUUCUACCACAGGUUGACUUUCUCUCGCAGUCAACACCACGUGACAGCAGAAGUGUUCUCCAGCAGCUCCUCUGUCCCGGUGCUCUCCUGUUCUACCAAAGAGUGGGCAGUGAAGAGGGAGCUGGCGUCCACAAACUGCGUGGCAGCGUGUCAGGCUGUGGGGGAGGUGCUGGCACACCGCUGUCAACAGGCUGGCAUCACCAGGAUGGUGUAUAACGCCAUUCCCUGGACGUACCGUUCAGACUCUGUUCAGGCUUUCAGGACAGCAAUGAAAGAGGGAGGAAUCACUCUGAGCGAACCCAGAAGGAAAUAUAUUGGGACCUGA